UAGAGGAGUUUCUGUGGACGUCUGGAGGAGUUUCUUUGAAGGUCGGGAGGAAUUCCUGUGGAGGUCUGGAGGAGUUUCUGUGGAGGUUUGGAGGACUUUCUAUGGAGGUCUGGAGGAGGUUCUGUGGAGGUCUGGAGGCGUUUCUGUGGAGGUCUGGAGGCGUUUCUGUGAAGGUUUAAAAUGAGUUUCUGUGAAGGUUUAGAUGAGUUUCUGUGGAGGUCGGGAGGAGUUUCUGUGAAGAUCUGGAGGAGUUUCUGUGAAGGUCUGGAUGAGUUUCUGUGGACGUCUGGAGGAGUUUCUGUGGAGGUCUGGAAGAUUUUCUUUGAAGGUCUGGAGGAGUUUCUGUGGAGUUUUUGAGGACUUUCCAUGGAGGUCGAGAGGAAUUUCUGUGGAGGUUUAGAGGAGUUUCUGUAGAGGUCUGGAAGAGUUUCUGUGAAGGUUUAAAAUGAGUUUCUGUGAAGGUUUAGAUGAGUUUCUGUGGAGGUCUGGAGGAGUUUCUGUGGACAUCUGGAUGAGUUUCUGUGGACGUCUGGAGGAGUUUCUGUGGAGGUCUGGAGGAGUUUCUGUGGACGUCUAGAGGAGUUUCUGUGGAGGUUUAGAGAUGUUUCUGUGGAGGUUUAGAGAUGUUUCUGUGGAGGUUUAGAGGAUUUUCUGUAAAGGUUUACAGGAAUUUCUGUGGAGGUCUGGAGGAGUUUCUGUGGAGGUCUGGAUGUGUUUCUCUGGAGGUUUAGAGGAGUUUCUGUGGAGUUCAAGAGGGGGAGAUUCUCUGAAGGUCCGGAGGAGAUUCUGUGGAGGUUUAGAGGAGUUUCUGUGGAGGUUUAGAGAUGUUUCUCUGGAGGUUUAGAGGAUUUUCUGUAAAGGUUUACAGGAGUUUCUGUGGAUGUCUGGAGGAGAUUCUUUGAAGGUCCGGAGGAGAUUCUGUGGAGGUUUAGAGGAGUUUCCGUGGAGGUCUGGAGGAGUUUCUGUGGAGGUCUGGAGGAGUUUCUGUGGACGUCUAGAGGAGUUUCUGUGGAGGUUUAGAGAUGUUUCUGUGGAGGUUUAGAGAUGUUUCUGUGGAGGUUUAGAGGAUUUUCUGUGGAGGUCUGGAGGAGUUUCUGUGGAGGUCUGGAUGUGUUUCUCUGGAGGUUUAGAGGAGUUUCUGGGGAGUUCAAGAGGGGGAGAUUCUUUGAAGGUCCGGAGGAGAUUCUGUGGAGGUUUAGAGGAGUUUCCGUGGAGUUCUGGAGGAGUUUCUUUGGAGGUCUGAACGAGCGGCCGUAGACAUGCAGUCACGCCCCUUCUGGUCACGUGGGUUUUCACGGUUAGUCCAACAUGGCUCACGGAGCGACUCCGGAACGGCUCGUGUUGCGGAGUUUUCCCUGAAGUGGACGAGUCAGACUCCGCUUCACCGCGGGACGUCCACGAUGCGGGAGAGGCAAAAGCGGAGGAAAGGGCGGACGUGGGCGGAAGCAGCCAAAACGGUCUUGGAGAAGUACCCCAACACACCGAUGAGCCACAAAGAGAUCCUCCAGGUGAUCCAGAGGGAGCGGCUGAAGGAGAUCAGAAGCGGAACAUCGCCGCUAGCAUGUCUGAACGCCAUGCUGCACACCAACUCCCGCGGCAAGGAGGGCAUCUUCUACAAGGUUCCCGGCAGGAUGGGCGUGUACACGCUGAAGAAGGAUGUCUCCGAGACCGUGAAGGAGCUGUCAGAUGAAGAUGACUCCGAGGACAGCAGCGGGAACCUGUCCGACUCCAGAAACGUGGAGAACAGUGGCGUCUGUCGGGAGAUGAGGACUGGCAGGUGGAUGCGCAGAGUCUCCUCCAAGCUGCAGUCGCAGCCCCCGUCCCCACAGCCGCGCUGCUCUUCCCCUCCAGUUCCAGCCGGGAAGCUCAUCUCCCCGUCGCAGAAGCACAGCAAGAAAGCUCUGAGACAGGCCUUGAAGCAGCAGAGACACCAGUGCAGACAGGUGGGGGGGCCGGCGGGAUCCAGCCCCAGACUCCUCUUGAAGACCAUUAAGGACAUGGCAGAGAACAUCUCAGCAAAGUCUGAUUUGUGCCAUGCCGCCGUUCCCAGGAAAACUUCCCAGAGGUCAACUCGACUCAGUGCAGGGCCGAUUAAACGGAGCAGGUGUAAGAUCGACGUGGAGACACCAGACUCCAUCCUGGUCAACACCAACCUGAGAGCCAUCAUUAACAAGCACACCCUCUCUGUCCUGCCUCACGACUGCCAGCAGAAGCUGCUCCGGCUGUUGCCCGCAGUCGACCGACAGGCUUGCCUGGAUGGCCUCCUGAAGAUCACAAGCUCAGCUCUCAACAACGAGUUCUUUGCCUCGGCGGCACAGGCGUGGAAGGAGAGGCUGGGAGAAGGGGAGUUCACCCCUGAGCUGCAGCUCCGCCUACGCCAGGAAACUGAAAAGGAGAAGAAGGUGGAGCUCUGGAAAGAAGCCUUCUUUGAAAACUUUUAUGGAGAAAAAUUGGGGUUGAGCUUCCAGGAAUCCAAAGCGCUGACUCAGCCUGCUCUGGAUUACAAGUUCAAGGCUGGUGCUAAGCAGGAGGAAAACUCCAACCCUCUGAAGGCCAAAUCUAAGCUGAUGAAGACCCGGUGCUCUCAUCAUACAGAGGAGCCAAAAAAUGCAGCUCCGCUGUCUGGAUCUGGACACGUAGACUCAGUUGAUCUUUGGAAAUCAGAGGAACUAAGCUCACCUCCCAAGCUUCCUAAACCAGAGCAUAAAGAGGAAUCAAAUGAAACUGAGUCCACUCUGAAGACAGGCUCAGACAUCAAAGAAGAUCUGCUGGUGUCUGAGGAGACACCUGCAGCUCACAGCCUGGAGUUUACCCCCCAACCCAGGAGUCCCUCCCCAGCCCUGAAGAGGAGGUCCGCCAGUGAGGCUGACAAUGGGCUGAGAGCAGAAAAACGGUCCCGCUUCUCCUCUGUGUCUUCAGCCUCCUCUGCAUCUCCUUCAGCAUCCUCCACCCCCUCCACACCCUCUCCAACCAACCAGAGGGUUCCUCCUCUGAAGAUUCCGGUCUCCCGGAUUCUUCCCCGACAGAUCGGUCAAGGGAGCCCCCCCUUCAGCAGCCUGGCCAGGACUGGAGCGCGGACACUGGCUGACAUCAAAGCCAAAGCUCAGCUUGCACGAGCGCAGCGAGCGGCGGCCGGGUUGUCAAAGGCAGUCGGGCCAGGCCCUGGGCUGGGCGGGAGCAGCAGUCAGCAGCCUUACUCCACCCCCUCCUCCCCCCAGGAGCCAUCCAGGCUUCCGGCAACGGGACGGUUUUCCAGCUCACCCUCUUCAAGACCUCUGAACUCCAUGGCCCUCCUCAGCCCAGACCAGCUUCAGACCCCGCAGCUGAGCCGGCCCGCCCAUAAUCAUGGAGUCUGUCCUCCAGGAGAAGUUGGAAAAGCCUCAGAGGAGGUGCAGGCCUCCUCCUCAGAUGCUGGGAAGGAGGUCCCGGGACAUCGACCGUGUGUCCGGAGCAGCUCCUGCAUCCCUGCCAACAACCCUCUGGUGACUCAGCUGCUGCAGGGCAAAGACGUUCCCUUAGAGCAGAUCCUUCCCAAACCGGUGUCCAGAGGGGACACACGGACCACAAACAUGCCCCCCAGUACCAAGGCACCGCCCACUGCAGAGCUCAGGAUGGAGAAGCAGGCAACACCCGGGGCAGGCUCCAGAAUCCACCGCGAGCUCCCCAACAAAGAGACUCAGGAGCAGAUCCUGCAGACUCUGAUGCAGAGAAAAGUGCAGCCGGCCCCCCCGCAGCACAAGCUGUUGCAGCUGUCACUGUCAGAAGACCCCCAAGAGCUGUCGAAGGUCACCUGUGGCUUCCUGGGCCGUAAGCGGGUUCCCCGGCCCGCCAUGACUGGACACUACCUGCUGAAUGUGUCCACAUACGGUCGCCGCGGUGAGUGCAGGAGGCUGCUGCACUUGCCCCCCCCAAACAAGCCUGAGUGUCUGAAAAGGGAAAGGAAAGACCAUGAGGACGAUGUAGGGGGGACGGUUCUGGUGAAAACGGAGCAGGAGGGGGUCCCAGAACUGCCGCCUGAUGAAGAGGAGCGUCUCCUGCCCCCCUCCAGUCUAAAGACUGAGCCUGGAGCAGGGGAGGUGGGUGUGGGGGUGGGCGACACCACCAAAGACAAGAACGUCCAGCUGCACAGACGCUCUGGAGGCUGGGAACCCUGCCCCCCCCCCACAGACCACACCCGCCAGAUCCACAGAAGCCUCGAGGACUCGCUGUCGUGUUACCGGGGUGCCAUCAGUAUGUCCGUCCCCCACAUCUCUGCAGGCAGCCCCCCCCCAGCAGAGCCUGGGGUGGGGGCCAUGCACGGCAGUGUCAUGUCCUUCUCCGUCACCGUCACCACCAUACCCGCCGCCUCCCAGGCCGAGCCCCAACCAGCCUUCAGCGAGGGUGGGGCCGUGGAGGAGGUCCCGUCCCGUUGCUACUGCCGGUUGAAGGCCAUGAUUGUGUGCCGGGGGUGUGGGGCCUUCUGCCACCACGACUGCAUCGGCCCCUCCCGCCUCUGCGUGUCCUGCCUGGUGAUACGAUGACAUUCACACCGGCUGGGACCACCCCCUAGGUUCUGGGACUGUUCCUGGGGGUCUGGGAUUGUCCCUGGGGGUCUGGGACCGCCCCCGAGGGUCUGGGACCACCCCUGAGGGUUUGGGACCGCACCCGACGGUUUGGGACCGCCCCAUCAAGUGUCUGGAACCGCCCCGAGGGUUUGGGACUCCCCCAUCAAGGGCCUGGGACUGCCCCCAAGGUUCUGGGACUGUUCCUGGGGGUCUGGGAUUAUCCCUGGGGGUCUGGGAUUGUUCCUGGGGGUCUGGGACCGCCCCCGAGGGUCUGGGACCACCCCUGAGGGUUUGGGACCGCACCCGGCGGUUUGGGACCGCCCCAUCAAGGGUUUGGGACCGCCCGAGGGUUUGGGACUGCCCCAUCAAGGGCCUCGGACCGCCCCCGAGGUUCUGGGACUGCACCCAAGGGUUUGGGACCGCCCCAUCAAUUGUCUGGGACUGCCCCCGGCCUCCCUUUGGGCGUAGCUGUUUGCACUCAGAUGUAUUUUCUUUGUGUUUUAAGACAGAAGUUUCUAACGAGAGUAAAACGCAGAGAUGAUAAUCAACUUUGAUCACAUUUGACACUUUUUUUAAUUAAAACAAGAUUUUUAUUGUGAGACAAUCACUGUCACUGAACCCCUGGUUCAGGACGCACUAUUGCACUCAGACCUCUGGACUCUCGUCCUGUUGGGACAGAACUGCGGCUGAAGGUCUCCAGGUUCUUCCUGCAAUGCGGUUCUGCAGUUCUAAAGCUGGACCCUCAGGGACUGAUCUUCUGCCACCGUCUCUUAUGGGUUUUGGAUUUGUGGUUCUUUGUCGAGCUGGUUCGGUUCUUCUGUUGUUCUGUAGUGAUGUGGCCUAGACACCAGAGGGCAGCAUACUAAUGCUACUAGCAUGCUACAUCUGAAUGCUAGCCAUGCAGCAGCCUCUUACUUGUGUGGGGGUGUUGGGCUGUUUGGUAGAAACUGCUUGGUUCGAACUAAAAAUAUAUUGUGGUUAAACCCGCCCCCUUUCUUUCAACCCACCCCCCACCCCCGUGCAGUCCUACAAUUAUGAUGCCAACGGUCAUAAUUCUGCUGCUGAGGUUGCUGCAAUACAGACGUUUAUUUGUAAAACAAACCGUGAUAUCUUUCAGAGAUGAAAUCUGGAUUAUGUGGAUGAAGGCUGUCAUUCAUGCAGGUGGAGAGAGUUACAGUCAACUGGAUGAAUGACAACCUUCAGCCACGUAAUCCAGAUUUCAUCCCAGACGGUUGGCGGUGUCUGGUCUCAUCUGGAUGUGUUUUCUUCUUGAAACCAUUUUCGUCAGAGUAGCUUCUUCCGUUUGGACUGAAUAUGAAGUUAUUUACAUAUAAAGUUGCUUUUCUAACGGAAACCUUCAGAUUGAACGUUAGCAUGCUAACACCAUUAGCACGCUAACGUUGUUGGAGUUCGGUUCUUAAACGUCUUUGUUGACAUGUGUUAUUGUCGUCAUCUGAAAGACCUGAUGAUGAAGAGAUCUGACAAAGAAUAACCAUUGCAGAUGAAGCCCCGCCCCCCUGUUCGACACUGAACCAUAAAUCAGCUGUGAUGAAACUAAUUUGUAGGAAACUAAGCCAGCAACCCUCUGAAAAUGUUGUUCUAGAGCACUUCCACCGUGAUUUUAAAUGAUAUGUAAAGUGAUGUAAAGAUUGUUUUCUUUAAAGCAAAUAUAUUUUGACAGAAGAUUGCAGCUUUCUAAAUGGUAAAAGGCCAAAGUUACUUAAAACUAAAAACAUUUUUUAAUUCUCAAACCAGUUAAUCAAAGUAAUAUAUUUUAAUUAAUAUAUUUUAUUAAAAUAUUGACUAUACUCCUUGUUGGAACUUGAUAGCAGGGUAUUUACUGUAUUUUUCUGCAGCAGCACACAUACCUGUGUAUGAUUGACAGAUCAUGUGAUUGCGGGUUCUCUUUUCUUGUGUUUCUCUGGUUUUCUACACUUCAUGGAAACCGUUUUUUUUCUCUAGAAUAAAUCGGCGUGAACCGGAGAUCUCCAAAGCCGUUUGCAGACCCGGCUCCUCGUUUCAUGUA